GGGUGCAUAUCAGAAAGAGAGAGAGAAGGUUGAGAAUGGGUUCCCGUUUCCAGUUCUUCCUAAUUGUGAGCCUAGUUUUUGCUCUCUCUAAUUCCACGGCGGCGCAACAGGAAAACACCACCUCCGGCCACCACACCCCAGAUACCAAAGUAACAUCAGCACCAAAAUUAUGGAAGAGCCCUGGUUUGGGAUACUCCACCCUUUUAAGACACGUUCACGGGGUUCUGAAUAUCAUUGGAUGGGGAACUUUGAUACCCAUUGGGAUUGUGAUUGCUAGAUACUUCAGGGAGGAAUUCCCAUUGAGAUGCGACCGAUGGUAUUCCGCUCAUGCUGUGUGCCAAACAUGCGGUUACAUUAUGGGCACUGUCGGAUGGGGCUUCGGCGUGUCGCUCAUUAACUCUUCAAACCGCUCUCACGUCCCAUUCCUAGUCCUCGGCAUUCUCGUCAUCGUCCUCACAGCCAUUCAAAUUUGUGGGAUAUGCGUGCAACAGAAGAGGGAGAGCGGAAGGGGGCGGAUGGGGGUAGUGUGGCACCGUGGCAUGGGGUAUGUGAUAUUGGCACUCAUAAUAGCGGACAUAUUUGAAGGUAUCAAUGCGCAGCGCCACCCAAAGAAGUGGCGAUGGGCUUACGUUGGAAUACUAUUGGCUCUUGGCGUUGUGGCGGCGGGUUUGGAGGUUUACAGAUACAUCAAGCUUAAACGCUUCAAACAGGCCAUGAAAUUAAAUGCCAAUAUGUAUUCUCCCGCUACUUGAUUAAGCUUUCAUUAUCCUCCUCCUCCUCCGCCCUCCACUAGAACAAAUUAACCGUUUUGUUUUAUUUAUUUGGUUUCCAUUACCUUUCUAUU